GGCGUUCCUCUGUUUCUAGGGUUUUUUCAAUUUUCUUUCUCAAGUUCAUAUGCUCUCCCGCAAACCCAAUUAAUCAAAUGAUGAGCCGACACCCUGAGGUGAAGUGGGAUGAAAGGGAGGACAGGGUAUAUCUUAAGCCAGAUGUCAAGAACCAUAAAGUCAAUGUUGACCCGAAUGGCACGUUUACAUUUUCGGGCAGUGGCGGGACGGACAAUAAUCUGUAUGAGAUCAAACUAGACCUUCUUGAGAAAGUUGAUGUAGAGGAGAGCAAUGUAAACAUAGUGAUUCUGUGUUUUGGAGAAAACGGGAAUAAGUUAUUGCGUGGCUAUUACGGCAACUAUAACUCGAGAUUGAGUAAUUUAUUAUCCCGAUGCUUUGAAAUAUGACCAGGAGCAGCACAUGCUGAUUUAGAUUUGGGUGGGAUGGAUUUCUCGAAAUUUGGUGACGUGCAUUCGGAACUCGGAUGGAAGAAAAAUGGGGCGUUCGAGUGGCCGUUGAGGUGAAGGGGAUUAUUUGAGGAUAGCGAAA